AUGCCCAGCAGCAACUUUGUGUACACGGAAGAUGGGAAGAUCAAGCUCCUAGUCGCAGGGUUUGAGUCAUUCGCCAUAGACGCUUUUGUCCAAUCCGACUACUUCGGGCGAUACGUACUCAGCAACGCCAUAGCGCUCAGUCGAGCGCGGAAAGUCCCUGAGACAGGACUCACGAUAAACGCCGACGAAAUCGCCCCCGGUCUCCAACUUCUUCAUCAUCUAGAAGUCCUUCGACUCGGUGAUCGCCUUCAGCAUGCAGUAGCAAUGGAGGCAUUUGGGUACAUCCAGCUGCUCUUGGGCCGCAAGACGAUAGGCCUGGCAGACUGGUUGAGGUUCAUGCAAGAGGUAUUCCAUGGGCAGAAUCCGAUAAGAGAUACUACACUGGGCCAGCAAGUUCGCAUGAUUGUGGCGGCAUAUGCUGCGUACCAUGAUAGCAUCUGGUUGGGACACGAAGAGUACCGUCAGCUCUUCCGAGGUACGCACAACGUCUUCGCAGGACUGUGCACUGAGAUGCGCAACAAUCAAGCUGGACUCGCCAUUGGUGCUUGCUACGUCACCGCCUCUCAGCACAUGGGACGUAUGGCAAUUGCCUCGCUCCCUAGCGAAAUCUCUCUGGACUUCGCCAUCUCGGCACAUGAUCAUAGUACAGCUGCACUACCGGGCAACCCACGCAUCGAGCAUGCUGCACCGUCACCUGCACCGCCACCUGUACGGCCAUCUACUCAGGGUCGGGACGACACGCUGAUAUUGCCUCAUAUCCAGAGCAUGCUGGACGAACAGAAGGGCGCCAAAGACCGACACGCAAGAUAG